AUGGCUGUUAUUUGGAAUAUUUCAAUUAGAAAAGCUAUUGCUGUCGUUGUGCCUAAUGUGCCAGAUGUGAAAAUAUACAUGACCUUUACAGGUUUUGGGGUUUGUCCCGAGACUAGUGACCCUAAGAUUCUCAAGAUCACAGAAAUUAAAACGUGGAGUGAUACGGAAAGUGUAACUCUCAUCCCUUGGCAGGUUGAGGUUUUUACGGUAAGCUCAGGGGUUUGGAGAUGUCCAUAUAGCACCAAUCUCCCUCGUAAAUCAGUUCAAUUUAGCCGUUCGCAGGUUGUUGUAGAUGGGUUCUGUUAUUGGCUUGCCACUGAUAGGAGUACUGUAGAUCCUGGAUUUGAAUUUGAGGCUUAUAAUCUGAUUAUUUCAUUUCAUAUGACAAGAGAAGAAUUUACAGAAGUAAGCCUACCGGAGAGUUUAGUAUAUGACGGGUCUGUUGAGUAUUUGAACAUCUCUAAUCUAAGGGAGUCUCUUGUUGUGCUUGAUCAAAAUACGGAAGAGAAUGUUUGUUAUGUUUGGUCAAUGAAGGAUGGUGUAUCGAAGUCGUUUACAAAGCUAUUCACUAUUUACUCACCAGAUGCAACACUAGCAAGUGUGCUAGAAUUUAGGAGAAGUAGUGAACCUGUAAUUGAAAUUUUAGAUAAUGAUGCUGACCCGCGUUAUGUCCCGUAUGCCCCGGCAUUGCUUGCCAUUUAUGAACCCAAAUCAAAACACAUCAGUAAUCUUGGGUUUAGUGGAACAGGUUCUUUUUUUGUGCAUUCCUACAAGGAAACACUACUUCUGCUUGACCAACCAGAUUUUACGGUUUAUGACAAAGGUAAAGGCUACAUCGUUAAGCAGAGAGCUGAGAUUUUAAGCCUUUUGAAGCAUACAAACAAGGUUGAAAUGCAAGGCGCACAUGAAAUGAAAUGA